AUGGCUUCCAAGGAGGUAAAGUUUGAAGCGGUUUCCAUGGACGCUGAAGAAUCCGACUCUGAAAGCCAAUCGCUUCUGGACCGUGAGCAGCGUAUGAAGACGACUAGUUCACAGCGUCUUCGGAACUGGACUUUCUUAGCGGUGAAUGCAUUUGUCUUGCUUCUUAACAUCGGGGUGCUUCUUAUGGUCACUACACCAAAGGUUGUUGAUGAAGCUACCAAAAUGAUAACAUAUCCUCGUUUGCCGCAUGAAGAGUGGAUAGAGGACGUGAUCAACUUCGAACUUCAGAGCUACGACGAUAAAUUUUCAAAUCAUGGCGAGUUUCGUGGUGUAACUCGCCCUGAACUUGACCAUGCAUGGGACUCGAUGAUGCUCCGGAACUUCACUGUGAGAAUACCGAAGCCUGGCUGGCGAGAACACAGCACUCCAACAAGUAUUCUUACGGAAUUUCAAGACGAAGAUGGGGGCAUCAUGGGCACUUUCAGUUUCAUUCACAAUUUGCACUGCCUUAAAACGAUUCGACAAUACAUGCUACCUGAAGAUUACCCUCGUGUAGCUGCAAUGUAUCAGCCAACGCCUGAUUCUCCAAUACCAACACAUAUAGACCAUUGCAUUGAUAUUCUUCGUCAGUCGGAGCUGUGCCACGCGGACAUGGCGCUUAUGACCUUCGAGUGGCGGGAAAAUGAGCCGAAUCCGGUCAAUAUCCACCACACACCGCACAUCUGUGCCAACACAGAAAGAAUAACUUCCUUCUUAGAGAGAGUUUCAGUUCCUCCUUUUGGACUCACUAUGAAUCCGUUCACCGGAAAGCGUCCGCUUUGGGAUGUUCCCAACCAUGCUUAA